CCGACAUCAGCCUUGAAAUUCAAAAAAUACUGGGCUCAACUCCUCAACAGAUCAAUGCCUUUUCAAACCAUUAUUACUACCUACGAAAUCGAACUACUUCCUGAGCUUCAAGAAGAAGUUUCCCGACUCGCAUGCUUACUUCGGCAUCCACUGCUUUCUCUGGCUUCUAAAAUCAAUCAUGAUAGAAGAGUCGCCGCACUUGACACCAAGUCAUAUUCUCAAGCCAAGUCGCUUCUCCGUUCAAUACCUCAGCCUCUGGAGGAUAAAAUCGUUGUAGAAGGUUUCAAUCAUGAAUAUUUAGAUACUGAAGAUCGCAUCGUGAAUUCAACUCUCCAGACUCUCCAGCACUUCGCCUCCCAGUGGUCACCCGAAGAAUACUUGGCCGCUUAUACUUCACUCAUUGCAACAUCGUUAAGUGGGAAAUCACGACUAAUGAUGGAGUUAUCGAGGCGCAUAUGUGUCGUAUACAUCUGUAUCCGCCCCAUGAAAGAUUCACCUGGUCAUCCGCCGCGAUCCGAAUAUGCUGCCAGUGUGCUUCUUGAUUCCAAAUGCACUACUCUCGAAGUCAAUACGAACAUCUGCUCCUGGCCAUCCUACAUACUGUGGCCGAUUACUUCUCUGCUCAAGAACCGGGGUCUAUUAAAGAAAGAUUAGACCAAUGGAUUCUCCAUAGCUUUCUGCAAAGUAAUCAAUCUGGUGACCCACCCUUUUGGAUCAAUGUCGAGACUAAGAUGAAGGAGAUCUCCACAUCGGCUCUUCUGACUGCCACCAACAAGGCUGCCCAGCUUUCGGAGGCAUUACAGAGGGUGAAGGAUAGUACCAACUUCAUAGAGCAAAACAAUCUCAGACUGCUAUUGGCAAUCGACGAAGCCAGCGGAUUACUCGCGAGUAGUGCUUCCCCGCAUUCAUCGUUUUUCAACGUUUUCCGCGACACUCUUCAGAUGAUACCAUCCGAAUCGGGAUUUUUUUCAAUCCUUGCAGGCACCAACUCUCGGGUUUCAAACUUUCACCCUCUGUCACACAAUGAUCCCAGUCAUGGGAUCGGCAAGGAAAAUUCAAAAAAGCUCUUCAACCCCAUCUACGAAAUUCCAACCUUUGAUGCAAACGUUUCACAUCCGCCCGCAGAUUGGCACCAAUUGCAAUCUGCAUCUCAACUCUUAUCGUAUGGCUCUCCUUUUUGGCGUGUUUAUGCCGAUGAGGCCAAGAAAAACGGGAUUGCAGACCACAAGAUUGUCGAAGGCUUGACCCAAUACGCUCUUCAAAAGCUUCUAAACUCAAAUGACAAGCCGGUUCCGGCCGCCUCUCUGACUGGUCCACAAGCGUUUGCAUUGCUUGGGUCAACCAUACAGCUGCAACUGUAUGGAGCUUCACAUCUAAGUGCCCAGCUUGUUUCAAGCCAUGGAGCGCAAUGCGCACACAUUGACCAACUCGUACUCAUAAGUGAAUACCCCUCCCAAUUCACCCUUUCUUCAGCAGCCAAUCAGUACCUAGCAUCCGAUGAAGCUGCUUUAAUCCAAUGUAUUGAAGUCCUUACCUUGAUGAACCGCCAACGUUUGAUUGGAUCAAGCGAUUUCGAUUGGUCAACUUCUUGCAAACUUUAA